GAUCGCAUCAAGAAGUGUGUAUAAUUUCCAUCUUCCCCGCAAUUGUGUCUUCUUCGGCCAAAUGACGACGGCGAAGUACGAGAGCAUGCGCCAGUUAGAUGGGCUUUGAUGAAGAAAUUAUGCGUAGUAGCAUGGGGGCUUCGUUUUGACGUCAGAUCAUGCAAACGACCCGAAAAUUGCUCCCUGGUAUAUCAAGAGCCGACGGCUAACAAAUAUAGGUACUUUUAAGUACUUUUCCCUAGGUAUUCUCUCGGCACUGAACCCUCCAACGUCGCACCAUGUGUGGUAUCAUCGCAGUCAUCCAUGCGGACACGUCCUCCACCGCCGCCGCCGUCGAGAUCCACGAUGCGCUCUAUCUCCUACAACAUCGCGGACAGGAUGCUUGUGGAAUCGCCGUCUGCGGCUCCGGGGGCCGCAUAUACCAGUGCAAGGGAAAUGGCAUGGCAUCUCGAGUCUUCCACGAUGGCGCCCGAGUCGCAGAUCUCCCCGGCUUCAUGGGUUUGGGCCACUUGAGAUACCCCACUGCAGGGAGCAGUGCCAAUUCGGAGGCACAACCGUUCUACGUGAACAGCCCGUAUGGGGUGUGCUUUGCGCACAACGGGAAUUUGAUCAAUGCUGCCGAACUGAGGAGGUUCUUGGAUCAACAGGCCCAUCGCCAUGUGAACACCGAGAGCGACAGCGAGAUCAUGCUCAAUAUCUUUGCUAGCGAGCUCAACAUCACCGGGAAAGCCCGUGUCAAUGCCGAUGACUGCUUCUCGGCUCUGGAGAGGACCUACAACCGCUGCGAUGGAGGCUGGGCCUGUACGGCCAUGAUUGCUGGCUUUGGGCUGCUCGGCUUUCGCGACGCCUAUGGGAUCAGGCCACUGGUCCUGGGGUGGAAGGAUUCCGAAAAUGGCGAGGGGAAGGACUACAUGAUGGCAUCAGAGUCUGUCGCUUUGGUCCAAUGUGGCUACACCGAGUUUCGCGACAUAUUACCCGGACAAGCGGUCAUCAUUGAGAAAGGGAAAGACCCGGUCUACAAACAAGUCUUCGAGCAGUUGGCGUAUGCUCCGGAUAUUUUUGAAUACGUGUAUUUUGCUCGGCCCGACACCACCAUCGAUGGUAUUGAUGUAGACGAGGCACGACGAAACAUGGGUUUCAAGCUUGCCGAGACCAUCAAGAGGCAAUUGUCACCAGAGGAACUUGCCGACGUGGACGUUGUGAUGCCGAUUCCGGAAACAUCUGUGACCUCCGCUCACUGCGUGGCGGAAGCAUUGAAGAUAGAGUUUUGCCAGGGAUUUGUGAAGAAUAGAUACAUAUUCCGCACUUUCAUCAUGCCGAACCAGAAACUAAGGCAAAAAGGCGUCCGCGCGAAACUGAACCCGAUGAAGAAGAAGUUCGAGGGAAAGAAUGUGCUUCUCGUGGAUGAUAGUAUUGUUCGCGGUACCACGAGCCGAGAAAUUGUUAAGAUGGCUCGCGAGGCCGGUGCAAAGAAGGUUUACUUCACAAGCUGCGCGCCUAUGAUCAGAAAUGUUCACAUCUACGGAAUCGACCUCGCCUCCGCGACCGAGCUCGUCGCGCACCAUCGUACCCGCUUCGACGUCGCCGAUCACAUUGGCGCCGACGCGGUGAUCUACCAGGAGCUCUCGGAUCUCCGCUCCGCCUGCGCCGAACUGUCGCCUCGAGCGGAGCAAGACUUCGAAGAUGGCGUCUUCAGCGGACGAUACAUCACGCCAGUCCCGGCCGACUACUUCCAGCACCUCGAACGCAUCCGGGGCGAGACGCGGAAGAUGAAGGUGAUGGACUCGGCGAAGCAGGCCGUCAUGGCCGGCGUCGCGGGCGAGAAGGAGGUGCGCAUGACGGCGCAGGGAGUCCAGGUCGAUAGCCAGGGGGAUAUCAUCCCGGCCGAUGUGGACGACGACGUCCAGAGCCAAGGAGUCAACGGAACGAACGGCGUGAAAGGUCCGGAUAAUUCGGUGGCGACCUGCGUGUUGUCAGAGAGGACGAAGGAGCAGCCGCAAGAAGUUCGGAUACGAGGAGAGAGUCAAGAUAUCAGUCUACAUAACUUGAACGAUCAUCCACCGGCAUAGAACGUACGCGACGGAUUUCACUUUGGAUAUUCCGGUUUUCUAUAAUAAAAAAUAGAGCCAUCAUGAUACGACCGCUAGACAGAUUAAA